AAUCUGAAAUUUUUGUCAAGAUCAGCAGGUUACAUCAAAGAUCAACAACAAAUCGUAAAUUUACAUCUUGCUCUAUCUUAAAAUUAUAGACGUAAGUUUAAGGAUCUGCCGAAAAAAAGACAAGUAUGAGACUGGAUUUAACCGUUGCAGUGUUAAUUUUAAACCAGCUGAUUUUCUUCAGCUGCGGCAUGCAAACAUUUGAGAAUUUUCGCUUGCCAAAAAGGGAGGGAGUUCAGGUUGGUUAUUUCAACCAUAUCGAGCUUGUCACUUCGACAGGGAGAAAAGACACCAUCAUAACACGAAGCCUCAACCCGGCCAUAUUUGAAGUUCCCGCGUAUUUCUCGCCAGAAGAAUGCGAGUACCUGAUAAUGAUGGCAAAGAACGCAGGAUUGCAAAGGAGCCCAUUGCAGCCUACAGGAGUCAGCAUUCCAGACAUUGCUACAGAAGAACUCUUUCAUGAAUGGGAUGUUGACAAGGACGGGCUUUUGAGCCCCAUUGAGUUUACCUACAUCAAAGGCAAAGGAGAUCUCUAUCUGUCUGCAGCAGAUGUAUCAACGAUGUUUCGAAAGUUGAGGCUUGAUAAGGAUAGUGAUGGGAUGAUUAAUCUCGUCGAGUUUCUUCGACUUCCACUGGGAGACAUGAAGGUGUAUUUGUACAAAUUGGGUCAAGAAAACCCGUUGAUUCAAAGCAGAAACAGCAACCAAACAUGGCUAUGGCAUUACGGCGCUUACAACGACCUGCUUGAAAGCUUCCAUGAAAGGCUUUCAAGACUGACCUUAAUCCCUCACGAUGUAAUCGAAAUGAGCGAACCAAUGCAGAUUGUCUCAUACAAUGGUGAGGGACAUUUUCAUUGCCACCACGAUUCAGAUGAAGUGGAUGAGCGACCCUGCUGUACAUACCAAAAUCAAAAAGAUGGAAAGUGUAGACUUUGCAGGUACAUCACCGUAAUGUUUUUUCUAAGCAAUGUCACUGAAGGUGGUGAACUUGUUUUUCAAAUCGCUGACAAUGCAACAUAUUCAAAAGAGGACUGGGCACUAGAGGCGGUUGAAAAGUGCAACGUAGUGACAAACUGUGCCAAAGGAAAUCUUGUGAUUAAGCCAAAGCAAGGAACGGCGCUCAUGUGGUACAACCAUGAUGUUGAUUCUAAAACAGGGAUGCUUGGUGAAUUGAAUCCAAUGUCGGUUCAUGGAGGCUGCGAGGUGAGAAAAGGAGCAAAAUGGAUCGCAAACAACUGGAUAAACAUCAUUGGACAAAGUGGGAGUGAGGAGUUCAAGUCAGGUUGGCUGAAGCAGAGACUAGAUCAUGAUGAGCUUUGAUAGACUUUGUUUAACUAUUUACAUUAUUAAUUCAUUUGUACAAAACAGUAACGAUAUCUGAUUAUUUAAAGUUAUUAUUUGAAGUUAUCAUACUAACACUGGUAUUGUGUUAGAAAGAUCUUGUUUUGUAUUGCGCUUGAGAUUAAUUUUUAGACGUUAAUAUCUAGCUGUUAUAAACAACUUCUUAUGAUAAACAGAAUUUGCAUCGAAAAAUGUUGGACCUUUGAGAUGAAAAGUCACAGCUCGUUUGCAUAAUUUAUAUCAUUAUGAACUUCUGAAA